CCGCCGCCGCCGGGCAGCCGGGGGGAAUCCGCCCGCAUCGCCGCCCUCGCCAGCCGGGCGGCUGCGGGGCCCGGAGCACCGGACGCCGGGGCUGGGGCGGCACCGCGUGGCGGCCACGGGGUCCCGUUAGAGCAGCCCCGGCGGCUAUGCCGAGGGCCCGGAGCGGCCGGCGAAGCAGGGGGGCCGGUGGGAGGGAGGAAGUAGACCUUCCUGCGAGUGCGAGCCAACCGGCAGACCCGACUGAAUGCUCGGAUUGGGAAAAUGAAACGGAGGAAGCAAGAUGAAGGGCAGGUAUGUCCCCUGUGCAACCGCCCCCUGGCAGGAUCGGAACAGGAGAUGAGUAGGCAUGUGGAGCAUUGCCUUUCUAAGAGGGAAGGCUCCUGCAUGGCUGAGGAUGAUGCCGUGGACAUCGAGCAUGAAAACAGCAACCGCUUUGAGGAGUAUGAGUGGUGUGGGCAGAAGCGGAUACGGGCCACCACUCUCCUGGAAGGUGGCUUCCGAGGCUCUGGCUUCGUCAUGUGCAGCGGCAAAGAGAACCCGGACAGUGAUGCUGACUUGGAUGUGGAUGGGGAUGACACUCUGGAGUAUGGGAAGCCACAAUACACGGAGGCUGACGUCAUCCCCUGCACAGGCGAGGAACCUGGUGAAGCCAAGGAGAGAGAGGCACUGCGGGGCGCAGUCCUAAAUGGUGGCCCUCCCAGCACCCGCAUCACACCUGAGUUCUCUAAAUGGGCCAGUGAUGAGAUGCCAUCCACCAGCAAUGGUGAAAGCAGCAAGCAGGAGGCCAUGCAGAAGACUUGCAAGAACAGUGACAUCGAGAAAAUCACUGAAGAUUCAGCUGUGACCACAUUUGAGGCCCUGAAGGCUCGGGUUAGGGAGCUUGAACGGCAGCUAUCUCGGGGGGACCGAUACAAAUGCCUCAUCUGCAUGGACUCAUAUUCAAUGCCCCUAACGUCAAUCCAGUGUUGGCAUGUGCACUGCGAGGAAUGCUGGCUGCGGACCCUGGGUGCCAAGAAGCUCUGCCCUCAGUGCAACACCAUCACAGCGCCUGGAGACCUUCGGAGGAUCUACUUGUGAGCUAGCCACCCAGCAGGCCUUGCCUCGAGCAGCCUCAUCUGCCCCCAGCCUCUGUGACAGUGACCCUCUCCCCUUGUACAUACUUGCACACAGGUUCCCCGUGUACAUAUAUUCACAUGCGCACACAAGCAUACACACACACAGGACUCUGGAGCCAGAGUGGAGGCUGAGGCCCAGGACUUGCCUGCUGGCUCCCACCAAGCCUGAGAACCAUACCCAUCCGGGCCUCUGUUCCCAGGGUGGAGCAGGGAGGUAGGGGUGGGGAGUAGAGGGGCAAGGCUCCUGAGAUACAGCUCCCAGAUGGACAGACAGACAUGCAAACACCAGACUGAAGCACAUGUAAUAUAGACCAUGUAUGUUUACAAUGUUGUGUAUAAAUGGGACAACUCCUUUGCCCUCCAUGCCCCCACCUUUGGUUGUAUUAUUUUCUUCUGUUUUUUUAAGAACUCUGGAAGCAGUGCCUCCUUCAGGGCUGGCUGGGGGCUCGGCCCAACCACCUCUUAGGGUAUCUGCCUCUCCCUCUCCCGUGGCGUCCCUUUCCUCUCCCAUGUGCUCGGUGUUCAGUGGUGUAUAUUUCUUCUCCCAGACAUGGGGUACAUGCCCUGAGGGACAUGACCCUCUCCUUAGUCUUAGCUCAUAGGGCUCUUCAUAAGGAGUUGAGGGUGGGGCAGGAAGUAGGUCCCGAGCUGAAGCAGAAGCUGAGGUUGGGGCUGACUGAAGGCGCCCCUGGCUGUACAGCCUUCUGCUAAGAACCAUUCCUGGGAGUAGAGAUGCUGUUCCCAGGGAAAAGUUGUCUCCUUGCCCCUCCUGUGGGCCCCAUGGUGUGAUGCUGUGUCUGUAUAUUCUAUACAAAGGUACUUGUCCUUUCCCUUUGUAAACUACAUUUGACAUGGAUUAAACCAAUAUAAACAG